AUGACAGUUAGUGCUCAAGAGGGAAGCCCAAUAGAUUCGCAGCUCUCAAGUGCAUUGGCACAGCAACAAGAGGAUGCUAGGUACUGCCUACAAAAUAUUGUAGGAUCAAUACAGUACCUUUCCAGGCAGGGCAUAGCACUGCGAGGCCAUGAGACAAAAGAUGAACUGAAGAGACAGCAUCCGUUAGCAUUAUAUGUGCAUUGUGGGGCACACUGUCUUAACCUGAUUGCGCAGUCUGCAUGCAGAGCCAGUCCCUUGAUCAAUGAUUCCUUACAGUGGACAGUGCGGGGCAAAGCUAUCAGAGCGGUGCUGUCUCAGUAUGAACGUGUUUUGUCUAGCUUGGAGGAGAUGGCAUCAAGUGGGUCAAACACAGGCAUGAGAGCAAAUGUUCUGCGUGAGAGGUUUGAGAAAGGGAAAACGAUUCCUCACCAAAGAAAGCCACCAAAACGAUUCACGAGUGAAGCAAGCCAGCACAUCCCCAAGUCAGCAGAGGAGCAUUAUAGAACAGAGUUCUAUAAAAUGCUUGAUAGUGUGCACAUUCAGUCUGAGGAGAGGUUCAACCAACCAGAUCUAAAUGUCUUGCAAAAGCUGGAGGAAACUCUCCUGACUGGAGAAGUGAAUGACAUUGUAGAUCAGUACCCAGAGCUGAACAGGGACAUACUAAAGGUCCAACUAGCCAUGUUUAGGUCCAAAUACACUGUCAAAUCUAGUGUUGAAGUGGCAGAAAUAAUGAGAGGAUUGACAGUUGAAGUGAGAGGUCUGUUUGAUCAGGUUGAGUCCCUUAUCAGGCUGCUUUUAGUCAUACCAGUUGCAUCAGCUGAGGCUGAAAGAAGUUUCAGUGCUCUCAGGAGGCUUAAAACAUGGCUGAGAACCACCAUGACUCAAGUCAGAUUGAACAAUCUUGCAGUGUGCCAUGUCCAUCAGGAGACACUGGACAACAUUGACCUUAAAGAAAUCUAUCAGCAGUUCAUUUCUGUUACAGAAAGACGUAGGCAUGUGUUUGGUUCUUUCAAAUAGGAAGAGCACAAUGGACACUAA